AAUCAGAGCAAGGGAAGAAUAUUGUGGGCUGCCGACGAAAGGUAAUGGAUUGUGGAUCCGAUCCGAUGCCAAAUUGGGUCCUUUCGCUUUUCCUUCGAUUUUAUCUCCCCAUUUCGUCUUCAUCUUCAACCCGCUUCCCAACAACGGAGAGGCGCGAGGUUCGAGUGAGAGAUUCAUGGCGGCCCCGCCCCGGGUAAUCACAGUGGCGCACGACGGCUGUGGAGAUUUCCGCACGGUGCAGGAAGCCAUAGACGCGGUUCCAUUCAGCAAUACUUGCCGGACGGUAAUCCGUGUGUCUCCUGGCAUUUACAGGCAGCCUCUGUACGUGCCCAAGACCAAGAAUUUCAUCACAUUCGCGGGUUUGAGCCCUGAGAGUACUGUCCUCACCUGGGACAAUACUGCCACCAAAAUUAACCACCACCAAGCUUCUCGUAUCAUAGGAACUGGGACUUUUGGUUGCGGGAGUACAAUUGUGGAAGGAGAGGAUUUCAUUGCUGAGAAUAUCACUUUUGAGAAUUCUUCUCCACAGGGUUCUGGCCAAGCUGUGGCUAUCAGAGUUACUGCAGACCGUUGUGCCUUUUACAAUUGCAAGUUUCUCGGCUGGCAGGAUACUCUGUACCUACAUUAUGGAAAACAGUAUUUGAAGGAUUGCUACAUUGAAGGAAGUGUGGACUUCAUAUUUGGUAAUAGCACUGCUCUGUUGGAGCAUUGUCAUGUCCACUGCAAGUCGCCUGGCUUUAUUACUGCCCAGAGCAGGAAAUCUUCUCAAGAGACAACAGGUUAUGUGUUCUUGAGAUGUGUGAUCACGGGCAGUGGUGGGAAUUCGUACAUUCAUCUUGGACGACCAUGGGGCCCGUUUGCGAGGGUUGUCUUUGCUUACACAUACAUGGAUGCAUGCAUCAAACCAGCAGGCUGGGACAACUGGGGAAAAAUCGAAAAUGAGAGAACUGCUUGCUUUUACGAGUACAAGUGCUUCGGACCGGGUAGUUGCCAGAUGAAAAGAGUGUGUUGGGCUAGAGAAUUGGUAGAUGAAGAAACUGACGAGUUCCUCCUGCAUCAAUUUAUCGAUCCCAACGUCGAAAGACCUUGGCUAUGCCAGAGGAUGGCAUCGAGGAUCCCAUUUUCUGCUUGAGGAUGGCAUCUUUUAAAAGAUCUUGCAGCUCUGUUGCUUACUUAUCCUAAAUGGUGUCAUAUCCCAUGGGGGUUUUUCUAGCCUGAGAUUGUGAAUUUAUGUAAUGCAUGAAAGUUUAUUUUCAUAUAUUAUAAGAUACUGAAUAGAAAUCUUAUGUGGCAUCUUUGUGUGUACUUUAUGCUUUUAUUUAAGCCACAAAAUGAGCGGUUCAAGGGACAAGGACUUGAAUGAGUAGUUCAAUACUUUGUUGAGCUUGAUUAAUGGAUCUUUAUGAAUGUUUUAUUGGAAA